AUGUCAACAGAUUCGUUUGGCGACCACGUGUCUAUUGUCGUUUUCGGCGCUUCCGGCGACCUUGCCAAAAAGAAAACCUUCCCAGCGCUUUUUGGUCUUUACAGGGAGAAUCAAUUGCCUCACACUGUCAACAUUAUUGGAUACGCCAGAUCAAACUUGACAACUGAGGAUUUGAGAGAAAGAAUCAAGGAAAACUUGAAGUUGAAGGAUGAAAAGGCCAAAAGCAAAGUCGACGGCUUUUUGCAGUUGAUCUCAUACAUUUCAGGCCCUUACGACAAGCCAGAGGGUUUUGAGAAACUCCAUAAAGCUAUCGAGGAUUAUGAUUCAAAAAACAAGGUGAAAAAGUCUGAGCGCUUGUUCUACUUGGCCCUUCCACCAUCUGUGUUUACCACUGUGGCCUCUCAUAUCAAAAAGUACGUUUACCCAGAGAACGGCAGAGUCAGGCUUAUCGUUGAAAAGCCGUUUGGUCGUGAUUUGGAGACAUCCAGACAAUUGCAGAAGGACUUGGCGCCACUUUUUACCGAGGAAGAAUUGUACAGAAUCGACCACUACUUGGGUAAGGAGAUGGUGAAAAACUUGUUGGUAUUGCGUUUUGGCAAUGAGUUGUGGUCGGGUGUAUGGAACAACAGACACAUUUCAUCGGUGCAGAUUUCCUUUAAGGAGGCUUUUGGCACCGAGGGAAGAGGUGGCUACUUUGACCUGAUUGGCAUCAUCAGAGACGUCAUGCAAAACCACUUGUUGCAAGUAUUGACUCUUUUGACAAUGGAAAGACCUGUGUCUUUUGAUCCAGAGGCAGUGAGAGACGAGAAGGUUAAGGUUCUUAAGGCCUUUGACAAGUUUGACCCUGAGGAUAUCUUGAUUGGUCAGUACGGCAAAUCAGAAGAUGGUACCAAGCCCGCCUACUUGGAUGACGAGACUGUCAACAAGGAUUCCAGAUGUUGCACCUACGCUGCUUUGGCUGUCAACAUUCACAAUGAGAGAUGGGAUGGUGUUCCAUUCGUCUUGAGAGCGGGUAAAGCUUUGGAUGAGUCCAAGGUUGAAAUCAGAAUUCAGUUCAAGCAGGUUGCCAAGGGCAUUUUCCAGGAGAUUCACAGAAAUGAGUUGGUGAUCAGAGUUCAACCAAAUGAGGCGGUGUACACCAAAAUCAACUCGAAGAUCCCAGGCAUUUCUACUCAAACAUCUUUAACUGACUUGGACUUGACCUACUCCAACAGAUAUUCGAAGGACUUCUGGAUUCCCGAGGCUUACGAAGCAUUGAUCAGAGACUGUUACUUGGGCAACCACGCCAACUUUGUCAGAGAUGAUGAGUUGGAUGUUUCCUGGAAGUUGUUUACGCCUUUGUUGGAAUACAUUGAAUCCGACCUGGCUCCAAGACCAGAAAUCUACCCAUAUGGCUCCAAGGGACCUCAUGGUUUGAGACAAUUUUUGACCGACCAUAACUAUGUCUUCUCUGAGGCAGGCUCCUACCAAUGGCCCUUGACCCGUCCAAACGUGAAGGGCAAGAUUUGA